CUGUGUCCGUCUCUCCUUCUCUCUUGAGGUAGCUCACAGGAGUCCAAGUCAAUCACCAUGGACGUCUUCAAUAACCCCUUCGUGGCCAAUAUGAUGAUGAAUACUGGCAGAGGAUUCAAUCGUCAGCCGACUGAAGCGCAAAGAGAGUUUGCGCGAAACUUCAGAGAGGGCAAGAUCCAACCAAUUGACCCGACCAUCCCUCUCUAUAUCUUGUCAUCUAUCGCCAUCUUGCUCUUCACCGUGGUGGGGUCCAACCUCAUGCAGCAAUUUUUAGCACCGCGUGACCCGUCUCAUCCUCCUGUCGUCUUGCACUACUUUCCCUGGUUCGGGUCUGCCUACUCUUACGGAACGGACCCUUACAAGUUCCUCUUCAAGUGCAGAGCAAAGUACGGCGAUGUCUUCACCUUCAUCAUGUUUGGACGAAAGAUGACUGUCGCGCUCGGACCCAAGGGUAACAACUUGUCGCUCGGGGGUAAGGUCUCUCAUGUAUCUGCUGAGGAUGCGUACACGCACCUCACCACUCCUGUCUUCGGCAAGGGGGUCGUUUACGAUUGCCCGAAUGAAAUGCUGAUGCAACAAAAGAAAUUCAUCAAGCACGGACUCACGCCUCAGGCCUUCCAGACUUACGCGCCGCUCAUAUGGCAAGAGACCCACCAAUUUUUCGAGCAAGAAAAAGGUUUCAAUGUCUAUCCCGGUCCAAAAUCCUACGAAGCCAUCAAAUUCUUCUCUGAGCUCAUCAUCCUCACUGCUUCCCGAACUCUCCAAGGGAAAGAAGUACGGGCGGGUCUCACGUCUAGCGCGGCAAAGCACUUUGAGCACCUUGACAAGGGUUUCACUCCCAUCAACUUUCUGUUCCCCAACCUCCCUCUACCCAGCUACAGGAAACGUGACAAGGCUCAAAAGGCCAUGUCGGACUUUUACUUGGAGAUCAUGCGCAAGAGGAGAGAGGGAGAGAGCGAUGUAGAUGAGCACGACAUGAUUGCCGCGCUCACCGGAAAUGAAUACAAGGACGGCACCCCAUUGACGGACCGAGAUGUCGCCCACAUGAUGAUUGCCAUCUUGAUGGCUGGUCAACACACCUCUUCGGCUACCUCAUCCUGGACACUGCUUCAUCUUGCCCAGAAGCCCCUCAUCUUCAAAGCGCUCUUUGAGGAGCACAGAGACUUGUUCCAGAAUGAGGACGGCACUUGGGAAGAUGUGACAUACGAGAGCACCAAGGAAAUGCCACUCAUGGCCGCUGUCAUCCGUGAAACUCUCCGAAUGCAUGCUCCUAUCCACUCGAUCUAUCGAAAAGUUCUCCAGGAUCUCGAGGUCCCUCCGGCCCUUGCCGCUGGUGGAAACGGAUCCCGUCCUUACGUGGUUCCCAAGGGUCACUUUGUUGUCGCUGCUCCUGGUGUGUCCGCCAUGGACCCGAAGGUCUGGCCCGAUGCAGACAAAUGGGACCCUUUCAGAUGGCUCGAAGACAAGGGUAUGGCACAAGAGGCCUUGGAUUCAUACUCUGGCGCAACGUCUGAGCAGAUUGAUUACGGUUUCGGUCAAGUCAGCAAGGGUACCGAAUCGCCAUACAUGCCUUUCGGAGCUGGUCGACAUCGUUGUGUAGGAGAACAAUUCGCCUAUUUACAAUUGUCGGUCAUCAUGUCGUACAUUGUCAGGAACUAUGAUAUUCAGCUGUUGGGAGCUUUCCCUCAAACCAACUACAACACCAUGAUCGUACUCCCUCUCAACGGCUAUGUCACUUUCAAGAAGAGGGGACAGAGCAAGUGGAUCUUGUCCACCAAGUAAAUAAAGGCACUUUUCCUGCCUCGGAUCCCGUUGGACCGUUAACAAUCGUGGGUAAUAGACUAGGACCAUGUGACUGGCAGGGAGCUUCAUCUCUGCAUUGGAACGUAUGCGCUUUGUGGCAAUGAAACAUACCAUGACAUUGGCCGAGACCUCUUUUCGUGCAGAAUGUGGAACACUGACGACAAGCUUGCCUAAUGCGCGCCAAUUCUUUUGAGUUGCUUGAUGAGAAAGAUUGCAUGCCUACGUAACAAGAG